UUCUCUUUUCGCUGAGAAGACGCGCGCUCUUUCUUUUUUCUAGUUUAGGAGUAAACUGAAGGGCCUUUUGGCUUGCUAAAAGUUUUUUUAAACUGCAGCUCUUGUAGGCCCGGAGGAGGAUGGCGGACGAUGAACAAGAUGGAGGAGCUGGUGAUCCUAGAGUCGAAGCUCUGCAGCAGUACACGCUGAAAACUAUGAAACUCAAAAAUGACAAAUGGGCUAAGAUGAUGAGUCAAGAAGAUAAUCUGGUCAUAAUCAAUGAGUUCCUUGAACGCAAUGAUAGAAGGAUGCUUGUCAUUUAUGUCAGUCAAAAUGGCCAGCUUGCACCAAUGACAACAUUCCCCACUGCUGCUAAAGCAAAAGCUGUCUAUUUCAUCAAACGUCAGCCUGAGGCUAUCAAAAAGGAAAACGUCAAAUCUCUGCUCAUGGUUGGAGACCUGUCCCACGUCCCAUUGGAUCAGCUCUCCUACUUAGUUGAAUCUAUUCUUAUUCCACUUAUUGCAAACUCUACUAAUAAUUCCUCUUGGCCUGAAGUGGUGACUGAAGAUGUUGCAAGGCACAUGGGACACUUUAAAGGAGACGUCUUCGUUCUCUCAGGUCAAGUGAAAGGAAGGACACUGCUUCCUUUACCUGCCCAAGCUGAGCUGUUCAUUGAAGCUGCUCAAUGCUAUGAAGAUGGUCGUCCAUACGACAAGUCACUAAUCCAUUCAAUGGAGACAGUGGUGAUCGAAUGGUCUCAUCAGAUACAGGCAGUCCUCAAGAAGAACUCUGCACAGCUGCUGUUGGAUGGUAAGAACCCAGGACCGCUGGUAGAGAUAGACUUCUGGAAGGCACGAAUGUCAGACCUCGAGUCAGUCAUGGACCAACUAAUAACUGAUAAAGCACAAAAGAUGUCUUUUAUAUUGGAAAAGACACAGUCUGCCUAUUAUCCUGCACUCCAAAGCAUGAUGAGGGAUACUCGUAAAGCAUUAGAUGAAGCUAUUGAUGUGUAUAUAUACCUGAAGCCAAUGCGUAGGCACUUUGAAGAGUUGGAGGAGUCAGAUUUUCCUGAAAUUACUGAGCGCUUGCCUCCAAUGUUCCACUGCUUAUGUCUUGUAUGGUCACACUGUAAGAGCUACCAGCAACCAUUAAGGAUUGUCGUACUACUGCAAGAGAUUACUAACCUAAUGUUGGAAUUGUUUCGCAACUACAUGACAGAAGAGAUACUGAGAAUGGAGCCAGAGGAGGGUAUAGAGAAAGUAAAGGAGACCCUAGAGGUGUGUCAGUGCUAUAUAUCAAUGUACCACGAGCACAGAAACUCACUUGAUAAAUAUUUUAAAGAUGAGCCAGUGGUACCUUGGGGCUUUGAGACAAGCCUUGUCUUUGGAAGACUUGAUAAAUUUAUUCACCAGCUUCAUGUCAUUGAGGAGUACUUCAAAACCGUCAUCAUGUUCCUUAAACUUGAGAAGAUUGAGUUCUGUGGCCUUCGUGGCAAAGAACUCGGAGAUUUUGUACUUGAGAUGUACAACGACUUUCAAGACCUUAUGACUGCCUUCUCUGGCAAGAACCACGACCCACUAGACCCUAACAACAAGGAUUUUGCUAAAGAGUAUAGUGCCUUUAAAGCAAAGAUAUGUGACAUGGACAGGAGACUUGGGCUCAUUGUUUAUCAGGCAUUUGAUGAGUGUAGCAACUGUGAGGCUGCCUAUAGGUUGAUUGAUAUGAUGGGCCCACUUUUAAAGAGACCAAUAAUACACAAUAACUUCAAAGGCAAGUACCCUUUACUCGUUAAAAUGGUCAAUGAAGAAUUGGACUCCAUCAAAAGCAUUUAUGAUCAACAGCUCUCACUGGCCCAGUCUCCCAGUGGAGCACAUGUACACAAAAACAUGCCAAAAGUUGCUGGAGUCCUUCGCUGGAGUCAAGAGCUAAGAGAGCGGACUAACCUUGCGGUAGAAAGACUUAGAGACAUAGAUCACGAGAUGGAGGGUACUCCUGAUUUGGAAAUGGUCUUUAGCAAGUUUGAUGAAAUGAUGAAUCUCAUUGGAAGUUUUGAAGGUGAAGUGUUCCAGGAGUGGUCCGAAGGUGUUGAUGCUAUUGCUCAGACUAAUCUUGACAAGCCAUUACUAGUGAGGGAGGUGUCUGACGAAGGAUUGGAUCUAAUUCAAGUUAACUUUGAUCCAGAGUUGGUUGCAUUAUUGCGUGAAGUAAAGUAUCUCAAUCUACGUGAUGAGAGGAGUGAUCAGCCUAUUCCAGAAUCAGCUGUGGCUCUCUUCACUAAAGACAACACUUACCGAAAGUUUCUUCAAAACCUUGAUGUCACAGUGGCACUCUAUAACAAAGUUAAAAUGACUAUAAUGGAUGUUGAAGUACCUCUGAUUGAAGAUCAGCUUAAAGAGAUUGAUAGUCAGCUUCAGAGAGCUAUCUCAGAACUGAACUGGACCAGGGAUGGUGUUUGGGAGUACAUUGAAUCAACACGCGACUCUGUAAGAGACCUAGAGAAGAGGGUCCAGCAAGCCAAGAACAACGUCGAGUCAAUGAUUCAGAUAAUGACAAAAUGGAGUGAACGGCCUCUCUACCAGCGCAAAGAAGACAAGAAGGACUGUCUACUGAACCUUGAUGACAAAGAGACCACAAAAGAGUCGAGAUACUCCCUGAUUCGUUCGGGAGCUGAGAAGAUACACCAACUAGUGAAGGAGAAUAUGGAGUGCUUUAAAGCUGAGGAGGACACUGAGAGCUGGAGGAAUUACAUUAAUUAUAUUGAUGACAUCAUAUUGGACGGGCUCUUUAACUGCAUCAAUUGCUCAUUGAAAUAUCUCUCUGAGAAUACUUCAAAAGACAAAGAAGGUAUGCCACAGUUGAUGGAAGCUAAGCUUGAGCUUCAAGUCCCAGACACCAUAUUCAAUCCUUCGCUUGACCCAGACUCUACCGAUGGGUUCUUGUUUAUAUUUGAAGGUCUCAUUGAUGAUAUCUUUAGAGUUGCAUCUCUAGUCCCUCGUGUUGCUACUCAUAAAGGGUCAGACGAUUAUCUCUCUGAUGUAGAAGAACUGGCUGACCUGCUGGACCUAAAGGAAGAACUAAUGUCUAGGGUUAACGUUGUGAUGGAUAAAGCUAUUGAGUUCAGGAACUCGUUUGAUUCUUAUGCUUAUCUGUGGGUGGACGACAGGACAGAGUUCAUGAAUCAGUUCCUCAAAUACGGACAUGUCCUGACAUCAGAAGAGUUAGAGGCAGCUGGAGAUGAGCCCAUACCAGAGUCACCACCGACACUAGACAUGUUCAAGGAACAAGUCGACUCUUAUGAAAAAAUUCACAAAGAAGUUGAGAAAUUUCAAAAUACCGUUAUAUUUGAGGUCUGGUUCAGAGUAGACAGCAGGCCCUUCAAGAAUGCACUCCGUAACAUUGUCAAGAGAUGGAGCUUGAUGUUUAAGCAGCAUCUCAUUGAUCAUGUCACUAACAGUCUCUAUGACCUUAAUGACUUUAUCAAGAAAACAAAGGCUGGCCUAUCCACAACAGUUACCGAAGGAGACUAUGACUCACUGGUCGGUGUCAUGAUGCAUCUACUGGCAGUGAAGGACCGCCAGCCGAACACUGACAACAUGUUUGAGCCACUCAAGCAAACCAUUGAACUCCUCAAGACUUAUGAUCAAGAAAUGUCAGACGAGAUCCACUCGCUACUUGAGGAGUUGCCAGAGCAAUGGAACACAGUCAAGAAGAUGUCUGUUGGGAUGAAGCAAGAGGUUGCUCCACUCCAAGCUAACGAGGUCAACCUCUUGAGGAGGAAGUUGGCAUCAUUUGACGUCCAGCAACACGAGUUCAGAGAAAAAUUCAGAAAGACUGCUCCUUUUGCUUAUGAAGCAGAUUACGUUUAUGCAAGAAUUGAUAGAGCCAACGAACAGAUACUGGAGAAAGAGGCUGAGAUGAACUCACUCAGGGAAGCAGCUGGUCUCUUUGAAGUUAGUGUGCCAGACUUUAAACAGCUGAAAGCUUGUCGCAGAGAGACGGCACUCUUGAAGUCACUAUGGGAUAUGAUAAUGCUAGUUAAGAGUAGCUUUGGGGACUGGAACACUACCUUAUGGAGGGACAUUAAUGUGGAGCAGCUGGACAUUGAGUGCAAAAAAUUUGUUAAAGACAUUAGGACACUAGAUAAAGAAAUGAGGGCAUGGAAUGCUUUUACUGGUAUGGACUCUACUGUGAAAAAUAUGGUCACCUCACUGCGUUCCGUUGGUGAGUUGCAGAAUCAAGCAAUAAGAGAUCGUCACUGGGAGCAGCUCAUGCAAGCAACAAAAGUUACAUUUGUAAUGUCAGAGGAGACCAACUUAGCUGAUCUUUUGGCUCUGAAUCUACACAACUUUGAAGAUGAGGUUAGGAACAUAGUUGAUAAAGCUACUAAAGAGUUGAGUAUGGAGAAGACGCUUAAAGAAUUGGACAAGACUUGGAGUGAGAUGGAAUUUGAAUACGACAUUCACACAAGAACCAAACUAAAACUACGAAAGACAACAGAAGAACUAGUAGAAACUCUUGAAGAGAACCAAGUUCAAUUGCAGAAUAUGAUGACUUCAAAAUUUGUUGGUUACUUCCUUGAGCAAGUCUCCUCAUGGCAGAAGAAGCUCUCCAAUGCUGACUCAGUCAUUACUAUAUGGAUGGAAGUACAGAGGACCUGGUCUCAUCUGGAGAGUAUAUUCAUUGGGUCUGAAGAUAUUAGAGCACAGUUACCAGAACACUCAAAACAAUUUGAUACCAUUGACAGAGACUUUAAGAAACUUAUUUCUGAAGCUGAGAAGACGCCUAAUGUAGUUGAGUCCACUAAUAGGAAUGGUCUUUAUGAAGAAUUGGAAGACAUACAGAAUAGGCUUUCAGUCUGUGAGAAAGCACUGGCUGAAUAUCUGGAGACCAAGCGUCUCGCUUUUCCAAGAUUUUAUUUCAUAUCAUCUGCUGAUCUACUUGACAUUUUGUCUAAAGGGAACCAGCCAACUUUGGUUGCUCGUCAUUUAGCCAAGUUAUUUGAUAGUAUGGCUAAGCUAAAGUUUGAGGAUGAUUCCGGUCGCAUUGCCCUUGGCAUGUACAGUAAAGAUGGAGAAUACGUUGACUUUGAUUCUCCUUGCAAGCUUGAGGGACAAGUUGAAGACUGGCUCAAUAAACUCCUUGAAAAGAUGCAGGCAACUGUUCGCUACCAAUUCACUGAAGCCAUUGUUGGCUACGAAGAGAAAGCUCGUGAGCAGUGGCUGUUUGACUACCCAGCUCAAGUUGCUCUAGCUACAACCCAGAUAUGGUGGAGCACAGAGGUUGGGAUUGCUUUUGCUCGUUUAGAGGAAGGAUAUGAGAAUGCACUCAAGGAAUACUUUAAGAAACAAGUGACACAACUGAACACACUCAUCAACCUCUUGUUGGGUGACCUUAGCAAAGGGGACAGGCAAAAGAUCAUGACCAUUUGUACCAUUGAUGUGCACGCUCGUGACGUCGUCGCUAAACUUAUAGCGCAAAAAGUUGAGAACUCUCAAGCUUUUACUUGGCUCUGCCAGUUGAGGCACAGGUGGGACGAAGACAAGAAGCACUGCUUUGCUAAUAUCUGUGAUGCACAGUUCAAGUAUUCUUACGAGUAUCUUGGCAAUACUGCCCGACUGGUUAUUACUCCUUUAACUGAUAGGUGUUACAUUACCCUCACUCAGUCCCUCCAUUUAACAAUGAGUGGUGCUCCUGCUGGUCCUGCUGGUACUGGUAAGACUGAGACUACCAAAGACUUGGGAAGAGCACUGGGUAUGAUGGUAUAUGUAUUCAACUGCUCUGAACAAAUGGACUAUAAGUCUAUUGGUAACAUAUACAAGGGUCUAUCACAGACUGGUGCCUGGGGCUGUUUUGAUGAGUUCAAUCGUAUCUCAGUUGAAGUCCUCUCAGUGGUGGCUGUGCAAGUGAAGUCCAUACAAGAUGCCAUUCGAAUGAAGAAACAACGAUUUAUAUUUGAGGGUACAGAAAUAAGACUCACUCCAACGGUUGGUCUCUUUAUUACUAUGAACCCUGGCUAUGCUGGAAGGACCGAACUACCAGAGAACCUCAAGGCUUUGUUUAGACCAUGUGCUAUGGUUGUUCCUGAUUUUGAGUUAAUUGCUGAGAUCAUGUUGGUAGCUGAAGGUUUCCUAAACGGUCGUAUUCUUGCACGAAAGUUCUUGACACUUUACACACUUUGCAAGGAGCUCCUCUCCAAACAGGAUCAUUAUGACUGGGGGCUAAGGGCCAUUAAAUCAGUACUGGUGGUAGCUGGAUCUCUUAAGAGAGGAGACAGAGGAAGGCCUGAAGAUCAAGUGCUAAUGAGAGCAUUGCGUGAUUUCAAUACCCCAAAGAUAGUGACUGAUGAUGUCCAGAUAUUCAUGGGUCUAAUUGGUGACCUCUUCCCUGCACUCAACGUACCAAGGAAGAGAGACCUCGACUUUGAACAGACAGUCAAACAAUCUGUAUUGGAUCUUGGCCUUCAGCCGGAGGAUGGUUUCAUAUUAAAGAUUGUGCAGCUGGAAGAGUUACGUCACGUGAGACACUCUAUAUUCGUGAUUGGUAAUGCAGGAACAGGGAAAAGCAAGAUCCUUCGUUGUUUAAACAGGACUUACUACAACCUGAAACAGAAACCAGUCUGGCAGGACAUCAACCCAAAGGCCGUCACAACAGAUGAACUCUACGGAUUCAUCAAUCCAGCAACAAGAGAAUGGAAGGACGGGCUGUUCUCCAUCAUCAUGAGAGACUUAUCCAACCUCAGCAAUGAGAGCCCUAAGUGGAUUGUACUGGAUGGAGACAUUGAUCCUAUGUGGAUUGAAUCACUCAACACAGUCAUGGAUGAUAAUAAGGUGUUGACUCUGGCUAGUAAUGAGCGUGUACCAUUAACUCCCUCGAUGAGAUUAAUGUUUGAGAUUGGACACUUGAAAGCAGCCACUCCAGCAACUGUCUCUCGUGCCGGUAUCCUCUUUGUGAACCCCUCAGAUUUAGGAUGGAACCCAUAUGUUCAAAGUUGGAUUGACAAGAGAGAGGUCCAAUCUGAGAAAGCAAACCUGACGAUCCUGUUUGACAAGUACAUCCCUACAUUGCUGGACACCCUUCGCCACAGGUUCAAGAAGAUCACUCCAAUAUCGGACAACAGCAUGAUACAGACCCUCUGCUACCUCCUUGAGGCUCUACUGACACCAGAGAACACACCACCCGACUGCUCCAAGGAGUUGUAUGAACUGUACUUUGUCUUUGCUGCUGUUUGGUCUUUUGGUGGGUCAAUGUUUCAGGAUCAGUUGGUGGAUUAUCGUGUUGAGUUCUCAAAGUGGUGGGUCACUGAGUUUAAAGUUGUCAAGUUCCCAAGUCAGGGCACUAUCUUUGACUAUUAUUUGGACAACGAGACAAAGAAAUGGCUACCAUGGUCAGAUAAAGUACCAAAGUUUGAGCAUGAUCCUGAAAUGCCUUUGCAAGCUGUUCUGGUGCAUACUUCUGAAACAAUACGUUGUCGCUAUUUUGUUGAUCUACUAAUGUCAAACAAGCGUCCAGUAAUGCUUGUUGGCAAUGCUGGUUGUGGCAAGACUGUACUGGUCAAUGAUAAACUCAAUGGUCUGGAUGAGGACACACUGGUCACCAUGAUACCAUUCAAUUACUACACAACAUCGCUCAUGCUUCAGCAGGUCAUGGAGAAACCACUUGAGAAGAAAGCUGGCAGGAAUUACGGUCCACCUGGAACAAAGAGACUUAUAUACUUCAUUGAUGACAUGAAUAUGCCUGUGGUUGAUACAUACGGUACAGUACAGCCGCACACAUUGAUACGACAGCACUUGGAUUAUAACCAUUGGUACGAUAGGACCAAGUUGAUGCUUAAGGAAGUGCAUAACGUCCAGUAUGUAGCAUGCAUGAACCCAACUGCCGGUAGUUUCACGAUUAAUCCUCGUCUUCAGCGACACUUUAGUGUUUUUGCUGUUAGUUUUCCGGGUAACGAUGCACUCAAUACCAUAUAUCAGAGUAUACUAACUGGACAUGUCAGCUCUGGUGGGUUUAAUAAUCAGAUACAAAAGAAUAUGGAGAAGAUUGUGGCAGCUGCUCUUACUCUUCAUAAUAAAGUCUCAACUUCUUUUCUACCGACUGCUAUAAAGUUUCAUUAUAUUUUUAAUUUGCGAGAUCUCUCAAAUAUAUUCCAGGGUAUAUUAUUUUCUGGUUCAGAUUGUCUCAAAACUCCAAUGGAUUUUGUGAGGUUAUGGCUCCAUGAAGCCUCACGUGUCUAUGGUGACAAACUGAUAGAGAUCAAGGACAUGGAGAACUUUACUAAAAUGAAAUUUGAAAUAGCCAAGCAGUCCUUUGAGGAUCUUGAUGAUACAGCAUUGAAAGCAGAGCCUCACAUCUAUUGUCACUUUGCUUCAGGCAUAGGAGAACCAAAGUACCUCUCUGUGGCAUCCUGGGAGUCACUGAGCAAGAUACUAGAGGAGGCCCUCGAUUCUUACAAUGAGAUUAAUGCUGCUAUGAAUCUUGUACUCUUUGAAGAUGCCAUGUACCAUGUUUGUCGUAUUAAUCGUAUUCUAGAGGCUCCACGUGGUAAUGCUCUACUGGUUGGUGUAGGAGGCAGUGGCAAGCAGAGUCUGACAAGACUUGCUGCUUCUGUCUCUGGACUGGAAGUGUUUCAGAUACAGCUAAGGAAAGGAUACGGAGUCGGUGACUUGAGAGCUGAGCUGGCUCAGCUAUACAUCAAAGCUGGUCUUAAAAAUAUUGGUACAGUCUUCCUACUCACUGAUGCUCAGGUGCCAGAUGAAAAAUUCCUUGUCCUCAUUAAUGAUUUAUUAGCUUCUGGAGAAGUCCCUGGAAUAUUUGCCGAUGAUGAAUUGGAGAAUGUAAUCAACGGAUUGAGGAAUGAAGUGAAGGGAGCCGGGAUCCAAGACACUAAAGAAAAUAUAUGGAAAUUCUUUAUUGACCGUGUUAGAAGACAACUUAAGGUUGUGUUGUGUUUUUCUCCUGUUGGUUCUACCCUGAGGGUACGCAGUAGGAAGUUUCCAGCUAUUGUUAACUGCACAUCCAUUGAUUGGUUUCAUGAAUGGCCAGAAGAAGCUUUAGUGUCUGUCAGCUCACGUUUCUUAUCAGACAUUGAACUUAUUACUCCUGAAGUAAGGGGUUCUGUCAGUAAGUUCAUGGCUUUUGUUCAUGGUAGUGUGAACGAGAUGAGUAAACUUUACCUUGCAAAUGAGAAGAGAUACAAUUAUACCACACCUAAGAGCUUCCUUGAACUGAUUGCACUAUACCAGAAUCUUUUAACUAGUAAACACAGUGAGCUUAUUGCUAACAUGGAACGUCUUGAAGGAGGUCUUGAGAAACUAAAGAGCACUGCAGCUCAAGUUGACGAUCUCAAAGAGAAACUAGCUGCUCAGGAGGUAGAGCUCAAGCAGAAGAAUGAAGAUGCUGACAAGCUUAUUGAGAUUGUUGGAGUGGAGCAAGAGAAAGUUAGCAAAGAGAAAGCAAUUGCAGAUGGCGAAGAAAAGAAAGUGGCCAAGAUAAACGAGGAGGUGACAAAGAAGCAGAAGGACUGCGAAAGAGACUUGGCUCGUGCUGAACCAGCUUUGAAAGCUGCAGCUGCUGCACUGGACACACUCAAUAAAGCAAACCUUACCGAGCUUAAAUCUUUUGGAAAGCCUCCGCCAAUUGUUGUGCAAGUUGUUGCAUCUGUGAUGAUGCUCUUGAGUCCUUCAAAUAAAAUACCCAAAGACACCUCUUGGAACUCCGGAAAGAACUUUAUGGGGAAAGUGGAUCAGUUUCUGGACUCAUUAAUUCAUUUUGACAAGGAGAACAUACAGGAAGCUAACCGUAAAGCUGUAGAGCCAUAUCUCCAAAUGAAAGAGUUUGACCCUGAUUUUGUAAAGGGCAAAUCAUUUGCUGCAGCAGGUUUAUGUGCAUGGACUGUCAACAUUGUCAAGUUCUAUGAAGUUUUUUGUGACGUUGAGCCAAAAAGGAAAGCUCUGGCUGCAGCUAAUGCUGAAUUAGCAGCAGCACAGGAUAAGCUAUCAAAAAUCAAAGCAAAGAUAAAAGAGCUUGAUGAUAAUCUUGCGGAACUGACCAGACAGUUUGAGGAAGCUACCUCAGCUAAACUGAAGUGUCAGCAAGAGGCAGAGUCAACUGCUACUACAAUAUCCCUUGCAAACAGACUAGUAAAUGGUUUAUCAGCUGAGAAGGUCCGUUGGGGUGAGUCUGUGGAGAGGAUGAAGAAAGAAGAGAUACUCUUACCUGGCGAUGUCCUCCUAACUGCUGCCUAUCUCUCGUACGUCGGGUGCUUUGGAAGAAACUACAGACUGAGCCUGAUGGACGAUAAAUGGUUGCCUUUCCUACAGAAAUUAGAUCCUCCUAUACCAAAGACAGAAGAUCUUGAUGUACUAUCGCUAUUGACUGACCCUGCUACCAUAGCUCACUGGAAUAAUGAGAAUCUACCCAGUGAUCGUAUGUCCAUAGAGAAUGCUACCAUAUUGACCAGUGCUGAGAGGUGGCCACUAAUGAUUGACCCACAGCUCCAGGGGAUCAAAUGGAUCAAGACAAGAGAGGGAGAUGAAUUGAAAGUCGUUAGGCUUGGAAGCAAAGGAUAUCUUGAUGCUAUUGAGAGAGCUGUCUCUAAUGGUGACUGCUUACUCCUCGAGAAUAUAAUGGAGUCCGUAGAUCCUGUACUAGACCCUCUACUGGGACGACUAACUAUUAAGAAAGGACGUUAUAUUAAGAUUGGAGACAGAGAAGUUGAAUAUCAUCCCAAGUUUAGAAUGAUACUACAGACAAAACUAGCAAAUCCUCACUACAAACCUGAGAUGCAGGCACAAGCUACACUCAUUAACUUCACUGUUACAAGAGAUGGACUGGAGGACCAGCUCCUAGCUGAGGUGGUAUCAACUGAAAGACCUGACCUAGAGAAAACAAAAACUGAGCUAACGACACAGCAGAAUGAGUUUAAGAUCAGACUGAAAGAGUUAGAGGAUAAUCUACUCUCACGUCUCUCGUCUGCUGGAGGAAACUUCCUCGGCGACACAGCCCUGGUUGAGAACCUUGAGAUUACUAAGAGCACAGCACAAGACAUUGAGAUGAAAGUACAAGAAGCUAUAGUUACUGAGAAGAAGAUAAACGAAGCAAGAGAGAACUACAGGCCAGUUGCUGCACGAGCUUCACUUCUUUACUUUAUAUUAAACGAUUUGAACAAGAUCAAUCCUCUGUAUCAAUUCUCAUUGAAAGCCUUCAGUGUAGUGUUCCACAAUGCUAUAGACAGAGCUGAAGAGAAUGAAGACAUUAAGGCUCGUGUGUCCAAUCUCAUUGACAGCAUCACUUAUAUGGUCUACAUGUACACAUCCCGUGGUCUUUUUGAGAGAGACAAACUAACUUUCACCUCUCAAGUCACCUUCCAAAUAUUGCUGAUGGAUAAGGCCAUUGAUCCAACUGAGCUGGAUUUCCUGCUACGUUUCCCUACAGUCCCAAAUGUUAACAGUCCAGUCGACUUCCUCUCACACAACAGCUGGGGUGGCAUCAAGGCACUAGCUAACAUGGACCAGUUCAGAAAUAUUGACAAAGAUAUUGAAGGUUCUGCUAAAAGGUGGAAGAAGUUUGUAGACAGUGAGACACCAGAGCAAGAGAAGUUCCCUGGAGAAUGGAAGAACAAGAGCUCCCUACAGAAGCUCUGCAUGAUGAGGGCACUCAGACCAGACAGGAUGACAUAUGCUAUGCUGUUGUAUGUUGAGGAGAAACUCGGUACAAAAUAUGUAGAGAAGAGGACGAUUCCGUUUGAAGUGUCUUACAAAGAGAGUGGCCCAGCUACUCCUGUCUUCUUUGUCCUCAGUCCUGGAGUUGAUCCUCUUAAAGACGUUGAGGCACUCGGAAAUAAAAUGAACUUUACCGUCGACAAUAAGAACUUUCAUAAUGUCUCGCUAGGACAAGGUCAAGAGAUUGUUGCUGAGAGAGCUCUUGAGCUAGCAGCUACAGAAGGACACUGGGUCAUAUUACAAAACAUUCAUCUUGUCGCCAGGUGGCUGGCAACACUAGAGAAGCAGUUGGAGAAGAACAGUGAGGGGAGUCAUGAAGCAUAUCGUGUGUAUAUAUCAGCCGAGCCAGCUCCUGAUCCAGCAGGGCACAUUAUACCACAGGGGAUCCUUGAAGCUAGUAUUAAGAUUACUAAUGAGCCUCCUACUGGUAUGCUGGCCAACCUUCAUAAGGCACUGGAUAACUUUAAUCAGGAUACUUUGGAGAGAUGCUCACGUGAGAACGAGUUCAAGAGUAUCCUCUUUUCUCUAAUAUACUUCCAUGCUUGUGUCGUCGAGAGACGUAAAUUCGGGCCACAAGGAUGGAACAGGUCGUACCCGUACAACACUGGCGACCUCACAAUUAGCGUUGAUGUACUCUACAACUAUCUUGAAGCCAACGCAAAGGUCCCUUGGACUGAUCUACGUUACUUGUUUGGUGAGAUUAUGUACGGUGGGCAUAUUACUGAUGACUGGGAUAGGAGACUCUGUCGGACAUACCUUGAGGAGUUUAUGAAACCUGAACAACUUGAUGGUGAGUUGCUCUUUGCUCCUGGUUUCCCCAUCCCGCCCAACUCUGACUACAAAGGCUACCAUAGUUACAUUGAUGAGAACCUCCCACCCGAGAGUCCCACCCUGUACGGUCUCCAUCCCAAUGCUGAGAUUGGGUUCCUCACUACUACCAGUGAGUCUCUAUUCCGUACUGUACUUGAAAUGCAGCCGAGAGACUCCACCAGUGGAGCAGGGGCAGGGGCCAGUCGAGAAGAGAAGAUCAAAGCACUACUUGAUGAGAUUCUAGAGAAGCUCCCUGAGGAAUUCAAUAUGGUGGAGCUGUUUGCACGUGCUGAAGAGAAGACCCCAUAUGUACUGGUGGCACUGCAGGAGUGUGAGAGGAUGAAUGGACUCACUCGCGAGAUAAGACGGUCAUUAAAGGAAGUUGAUCUUGGACUGAAGGGUGAGCUAACAAUCACUACAGACAUGGAGAACUUACAGAAUGCUUUAUUCUUUGACAACAUACCAGAAGGCUGGAACAAGAGAGCCUAUCCUUCAAUGAACGGCCUCACUGUCUGGUACGCUGACCUCCUCCAGCGAAUAAAAGAACUUGAGAGCUGGGUCUCCGACUUUAACAUGCCCGUCUGCAUAUGGCUAGCCGGUUUCUUUAACCCUCAGUCCUUCCUAACGGCCAUCAUGCAGUCUAUGGCCCGUAAGAAUGAGUGGCCAUUGGAUAAGAUGUGUCUUCAAUGCGACGUGAGUAAGAAGAACAGGGAGGACUUUUCCAGUGCUCCACGUGAAGGUGCGUAUGUUCACGGUUUCUUUAUGGAAGGAGCUCGUUGGGAUACACAGACUGGACUGAUACAAGAGGCACAUCUUAAGGAUCUCAAUCCUUCCAUGCCAGUUAUAUUCAUCAGAGCUAUACCUGUUGAUAAACAAGAGACCAAGAAUAUCUACGAGUGCCCUGUGUACAAGACAAGGACGCGCGGGCCUACUUAUGUGUGGACCUUUAAUUUGAAGACAAAGGAAAAGGCAGCAAAAUGGAUCAUUGCUGGAGUAGCACUACUACUUAGUGUAUGAACAUACAAAGGCCUCAUUGAGUAUUGUAAUGACUUUUUAAUAUUUUUUUACUUAUUAGUUGGCUGGCCAAACUUUUUUUAGUAUUUUUAAGAGCUAUAUAUUUUUUAUGCUAUUGCUUUUAUAUUUAAUUAUUGCUGUUUCCUUAAUUUUUUAUUGCAGUAAGCUCUACCACAGAUAGUACACGUAUCUACUAAGAUACCAAGCAGGAACUGUUUGUGUAGUUUCAAUUACUAAAUCUAUCACCAACUGCCAGAUUAU